AUGGCACUUCCGAUACCUGUAAUCCAAGUAUCAAUAGGUGGUUCCUUAGCACCGGAAUUCAUGGAACAUUUGAUCAAGGAAUGCAAUGUCAAUGCCCUUGGAUCGACGCCGACUGCCUUGGCAUACUUGGCAAAUUGGUGUCUCUCUGCAGAAAAGACUUGCCCGGAAAUCCGUCUGGUUUUGUUUGCUGGGGAACCGUUAUUUUCAGACCAGAAGUCUUUGCUACAAUCUGUCUUUCGAAACGCAAAGUUUACAAGCUUCCGCUACGCAAGUACCGACUCUGGUAUUGUAGGAAAACCAGUGGAUCUUACAGAUCCCCGAGUUUACCAAGUUUCUCCUGGAAUCAUUGCAGAGGUAUGCACAGACAUUGAAAAAGGGGAGUUUCGUCAAGAGAACGGAGUAGAAGGAAGUUUGGUUAUCACGAACCUUCUUCGAAGGCUUAUGCCAGUAGUUCGUUAUCCAACGGGUGAUAGGGUCGAAUGGGUUGGUUACAAGGCUGGGAUAUUUCGUCUUCUUGCGCGAGAUAGUCAUUCUUUACGUCUUGGACCCGUUUCAAUUGAUGUGCAAGACAUACGGAAGAUCGUGCCUGCGGCCCUCUCAGGCAUCAAGAUUGUAGCCUUACAGGCUGCGAUAUUACGUCAAGGUGCGAACGACUUACUUCAGUUCCGAAUAGACGCCGAACCCACCGAUGAAAAAGCUGCAGAGCUACUUAUCAGGGCACGCUUGUACGAGGAACGACCAAUGCUCGCAGAACAUGUACUUUUAGGGUAUAUUGCAGAGCCUGGAGUCCGCUUCAUGUCAAUCUCUGAGAUGAAAGUGAAUGAUGCAAUGGGGAAAUUGCCGCAAGGUGUAGAUCUUCGCGGGAGUAGCUGA